AUAAAGCUGACUGCGUCUCCAUGUACUGCUACCAGCAUGAAAUCAAUAAUUGAUCGAUACAAUAAAGCAAAGGAAGAGCAACACCAACUGCUGAAUCCAACUUCAGAAGUCAAGUUUUGGCAAAGGGAGGCUGCUAGCUUGAGGCAACAAUUGCAAGACUUGCAAGAAAACCACAGGCAACUGAUGGGAGAAGAGUUGUCUGGUUUAAGUGUAAAAGAGCUUCAGAAUCUGGAAAAUCGAUUGGAGAUGAGUCUGCGUGGUGUUCGUAUGAAGAAGGACAAAAUGCUCACUGAUGAAAUACAAGAAUUAAACCAAAAGGGGAACCUCAUCCAUCAAGAAAAUAUGGAACUGUAUAAGAAGGUAAACCUCGUUUGUCAAGAAAACCUGGAACUACAUAAGAAGGUUUAUGGAUCAAGGGAUGCAAAUGGAGCAAACAAAAACUCAGUUAUUCCACAUGGUUUUGGAAUUGGAGAAGACUUGCACGCACCUGUUCAUCUCCAACUAAGCCAGCCACAGCAGCAGAACUAUGACACACCAGCAAGAGCUACUAAGUUGGGACUGCAACUGCAUUAAAGAAGUAGAAGUGGUAUGAUGAACUGUGGACAAACAUGACACUUGAUUCCCAUUCAACUGAAUGCCCACAAUUAACAAGAAUUUGAGCUUCUUCCAGUGAUAUGUGGUAAAUGAGCACAAGACAUUUUCUGCACAAAAGAUCACUAGAUUUGGUGUGCAUAGAUUUGAUGUGAACUGAUAAAAUGAAACCACUUAUGUAACAUGUCAUAGCAAUAAAAAUCGCCAUGUGUGACA